UAAACCUUGAUAUGAAUCUGUUUUCUUUUCCUUUCCUGGAGAAAGACAGUGGAAUGUUCUUGCUGGAGUGUAUCCUUCCUGACUUGGAAGGAAGGGCUGAUAUUUUUAGUGUUAUUAACAGUGGAAUAACAAAGGCCAUUGAAACAGAGGGGAAGUUUUUGGCCCUAGGGAGCAGGAAGUAAGUUAGAGGACGACCAAGCUCUUUUAAAGAUUUUAAUUGGCUGACUUUUUAAAUUUGUUCUGAGGCAACAGAGGGUGAAGCCAAUGGUGGAUAGUGUAUGUAAAAGCUUUUGGACUUGUACAAACUGAUAAUCUAGAACUAAAACCGGGCGCUGGCCUGCUUUAGAGGAAAGGUUUCAGAUAAGAGAAACAGAACUUUAGGUAUUUUUCCUUUGGGUGGUUUCUCUAGAUAAUCUUACACAAGAGUUUCAUUGAACAAAGAACUUGGAUCAGGCUGGGCGAGGUGGCCCACGCCUGUAAUCCUAGCACUCUGGGAGGCUGAGGCUGGUGUAUCUGUUGAGCUCACGAGUUGGAAAUUAGCCUGAGCAAGAGCAAGACACAUCUCAACUGAAAAUGGAAAAAUUAGCCAAGCGUUGUGACGUCCCAGCUACUCUGUAGGCUGAUUCAAGCUCACUGGGGGCCCAGGAGUUUUUGAGUUUGCUGUGAGCUGGGCUGACACCAUGGCACUCUAGCCUGGGGGAACAGAAUGAGAAUCUUGUCUCAAAAAACAAACAAACAACAACAACAAAACACAACCAAAAAGCUUGAGGGAAAAAAGGGUUGAAAGAGAACUUUGAAUGCUUGCUGUAUAGAAUUUUUUUUUAACAUUGUUUUACUUACAGAUUUGGGGUCGAAUGUCCUAGUUAAAAUGGCUUUUCCUAGCGACUUCAUGUUUUAAUUUAUUUGUAACUGACAAUUGCACUUUCUUUAACUUUGUGUUACUUACUCCCUUAAACCUAUUUCCAAGGCAAAUCCACCUUCAUGUCUCCCAGGGGCGCCAUGUGCUUUCCCCUGGACUCUAGCGCGACUGGAAGUAGGGGAAGUUGUAGGCAGUUUUACCAGCCUGUCUAGGAGCCUCUAGGACGAGAAGUGUCUGGCCCUAGGCAUCCCCGGGGUCUUACUGCCCCUCCCAGUAGGUGGCUGGACGCCGCAGUGGCGCGCACACGUUAACUUCUGUCAGCGCUGCGGGUUCCCUUUGGCCACACAAGGGAAUUUUGUCACCUGUAGAGACACGCGCCUAGCCAUAUGUGAGUUAAUACCGCGCUGAGAGGAUGUCGUGGGCGGCGCUGUCACACGGUGGACAGCGUGGAGGAGGCGCGAAGAGCCUCUACAGUCAGUUCCCGGACGCUGGCCGCGGAGGGCAGCUUUUCGUGCGUGUGACGCUGCCCCCCAGUUCCUCAUCCCGUCGGAAGCAUUUCCACUUGGUUUUCCGCGGUGGCAGGUCUGAACGUUUCGGGCUAGGGAAGAGCCAGCGGCGGCCAGGGCGUGAGUACACCGAGAACUUUGCCCAUCCGGCUUCUCCCGCUCCCCACCCCCGGGAUGGUGUAGUCUGGGCUCUGGGGACGUCGGGGCACUAUACUCUUAUCCCCGCAGAAAAGGACUGAGUCUCUUAGUUUUCGGCCCUUGGCUUCUUUCUGGAACCUUUUGAGGACUCUCAACACUGAGGCUUGUGGCUCAGCCGUGGAAUGGACUCCGUUUGGAGAUGGGGGCGCCCUUUAAGUCUGAUUAUUUCUUCCUUGUUAGAGUCCCAAGGGCUAAUUAAACUCGAGUUUGUGGACUCAAAUGCCUUCUUGCCUUUAAUUCAGUAUAAUCCUUCCAACAUUUAUUGAGCUCUGAGUUCUGGUUCCUGAGGAUACAGGAAUGAUCUAAACUUCAUUCCUAGAGACCCAGCAAACUUGGAGUUAAGGCAGUAUAGACAAGGUCCACUGAGAAGGAAGCCCAGGGUUUUUUUUGUUUUGUUUGUUUGUUUGUUUUAAGGCAGGGUUCUUGCUCUGUUGCCUAAACUGGUCUCCAAUUCCUGGGCUUAAGCUAUCCUCCCACUUCAGUCUCCUGAAUAGCCGGUUCUGUAAGAUGAUGCCACCUCUCCCAGCUUUGUGUUUAUAUUCAUUCCUUUGAUGAUGUCCACUUCUAACCAUUUUGUCUUUUUUUUUUUUUUUUGUUAAACAGGCCCAGGCCAGGUUUGAAUCCACCACCCCUGGUACACAGGGCUGACUCUCUAACCACUGAGACAUAUAGAUAGGUGCCCCAUUUUGUCUUUAUUAGCCCAUUUAAGUUUUUGAGUAAAAUAAACAAAUAGCUUCUUUGCUGUGUACUGAGUUGUCAUCUUUGGUAACUCAGUACUUAUUAUAAUAGAACUAAGAUCCACCAAUGUGAUGCCACUUUUCUCUGCAUAUUCAAGAUGAUUUGUGUCUUCUGCAAUAAACUAACUCUUCAGUUGAGAAAUGAGUCCGUAUCACCUAUACCUCAGUUUUUCAAGUUCAUUGAAAAAUCCUCUUGUAGCUACUUGCUCCAAGGUUUAAAAUAUUUCCCAGGGUAAUAACUUCCUUCCAUCAUCUGACUUUACAAAGGGGAACAAAAGCUUCCUUGUCUACUAUUGCAACCAGCCAACUUGUGAAAUUCUUAAACUUUUUUUCCUUGACCUUCUUUUGGAUCUUCCUUUUGGCUUAUAUAUCUGGCUUUUUAUUUCUGUUUUUUACUUGCAGCUUUGUUUACAGAGGAGGCAUGGACUCAUUUCUUAUUAACUAUCUGAGACUGGGUCUCACUUUGCUCAGGCAAUCCACCUGCCGUGGCCUCCCAGAGUGCUAGGAUUACAGGCCUGAGUCCCCAUGCUCUGCCACCACAUUCUAUUUUACCCAGAAUUGUGCAACAUCAUCUUUAUCCUUUUAGAAGCUUCUGGGUGACACUUUCAGCACUACUCCAUCGGAAAGGAUUCUGAGAGAAAUGAAGAAAGCCCUCAGAAAUGAAAUUGGUAUCUGUUGACUGGCUGGGAGUUUUAUUAUUGCGGUUCCUUGACAUGACCCUGUGCGGGAUGUCUGCUGAGGUUAUCCAUCAGGUCGAAGAGGCACUUGACAAAGACGAGAAGGAGAUGCUUCUUUUUUUGUGCCGGGAUGUUGCUGCAGAUGUGAUUCCGCCGAAUGUCAGGGACCUUCUGGAUAUUUUGAGGGAGAGAGGUCAGCUGUCUGACACAGGCCUGGCUGAGCUGCUCUACAGAGUGAGGCGCUUUGACCUGCUCAAGCGGAUCUUGAAGUUGGACAGAGCGGCAGUGGAGGCCCUCUUGCGCAGGCAUCCUCACCUUGUUUCAGACUAUAGGGUGCUCAUGGCAGAGAUUGGUGAGGAUUUGGAUAAAUCAGAUGUAUCCUCAUUAAUUUUCCUCAUGAAGGAUUACACAGGCCGAGGCAAGAUAUCCAAGGAGAAGAGUUUCUUGGAUCUUGUGGUUGAAUUGGAGAAACUCAAUCUGGUUGCUCCAGAUCAGUUGGACUUAUUAGAAAAAUGCCUAAAGAACAUUCACAGAAUAGACCUGAAGACAAAAAUCCAGAAGUACAAGCAGUCUGCUCAAAGACCAGAGACAAGUUAUAAAAAUGCUCUCGAAGCAUCUCUCACAAAUGUGAGUCCCAAGGAACCUUCCUAUAACUUCAGGCUCCAGAAUGGGAGAAGUAAAGAACAGAGAUCUGUGGAACAACUUGGCACUCAAAGGGAACCAGUGAAGACAUCCAUUCAGGAAUCAAGAGCUUUUUUGCCUCAGCACAUACCUGAAGAGAGAUACAGGAUGCAGAGCAAGCCCCUAGGAGUCUGCCUGAUAAUUGAUUGCAUUGGCAAUAAUGCAGAAGUUCUUCAAGACACCUUCGCUUCCCUGGGCUAUCAAGUCCGGCGUUUCUUGUGUCUCACAGUGAAGGAAAUAGACCAGGUUCUUAACCAAGUUGUCCAUAUGCCCCAGCACCGAGACUAUGACAGCUUCGUGUGUGUCCUGGUGAGCCGAGGAGGCUCCCAAAGUGUGUUUGGUGUGGGUCAGACUGACUCGGGCUUCCCUUUGCAUCGGAUCAGGAGGCUGUUCAUGGGAGAUCUGUGCCCUUCUCUAGUAGGGAAGCCAAAGCUCUUUUUUAUUCAGAACUACAUGGUGCCUGAGGCCCAGCUGGAGGACAGCAGCCUCCUGGAGGUGGAUGGGCCAGCGAUGAGCAAUGUGGAACCUGAGGCACAGAAGCCGGGGCCCAGCAUGGUUCACCCGGAGGCCGACUUCUUCUGGAGUCUGUGUACAACAGAUGUGUCCCUCCUGAAGUGGUCCUCCAGCUCUCCAUCUCUGUAUGUGCAGUGUCUCUCCCAGAAACUGAAGGAAGAAAGAAAACGCCCACUCCUGGAUCUCCACACUGAACUCAACGACAAUAUGUAUAAUUGGAAUAGCAGAGUUUCUGCUAAGGAGAAGUACCAUGUCUCCCUACAACACACUCUGCGAAAGCAGCUCAUCUUCCCUUACAAAUGAAAAAUCAAAAACCGGGCGGCACCUGUGGCUCAGUGAGUAGGGUGCCGG